AUGCAUGGCAACAUUAUCGAUACGCUAAUUGAUAUAUCGACGAGGACGACGCGUGACAAGGACGAGGACAAAGGUGACGAGGAGGAGGAGGAGGAGGAGGAGGAGGAGGAGGAGGAGGAGGAGGAGGAGGAGGAGGAGGAGGAGGAGGAGGAGGAGGAGGAGGAAGAGGAGGAGGAAGAGGAGGAGGAGGAAGAGGAGGAGGUGGAGGAGGAGGAGGAGGAGGAGGAGGAGGAGGAGGAGGAGGAGGAGGAGGAGGAGGAGGAGGAGGAGGAGGUGGAGGAGGAGGAGGAGGAGGAGGAGAGGAAGAGGAGGAGGAAGAGGAGGAGGAGGAAGAGGAGGAGGAGGAGGAGGAGGAGGAGGAGGAGGAGGAGGAGGAGGAGGAGGAGGAGGAGGAGGAAGAGGAGGAGGAGGUUGAGUGCAAUGCUGGGCCGUUGUGUGCAGUCAUUGGUGGUGCUGAGUGCCCCUGUGACGAGUGGUGAUGAGCGGCUCAGAGAGGUGUGGAGUGGUGAUGAGCGGCUUUGA